UCCAAUACGAACUUUCCAACUCACAUUCACAUUUCAUCUCACGUUACCUGGAGCAGCUAUCCCAUUACAACCACACGCUCUCGUUGUCUAUCCUCACCAUGUCCGAGGAUUUCGAUCCCACGCAAGAGCAAAACACCAACAAUGACGAUGAGCUCAAGCCCAAGCGCACCCUCGCCGACUUGGAAGCUGAUGUCUCUGCAGCGGUGAUCCGUGACUGCAAGGUAGACGCCUGCGUGGGGUGGUUCAGCGAGAAGAUCAGCUCGCUGAGGCGAUCCGCACAGGUAAAGAAGACAGAAGAUUGGGUCAAGGGUUGGCCGGACGUGAUAUCGCUCGCCCCGGAGACAGCCGUGCAGGUGGAAGAGCUCAAAAGCGAACUCAAGCGGAACCUUGCUCGUCUCUUGCCGGAUGAAUUUACACAGGACAUGGACGUCGCUACGGAUCAUCCAGAUAUCCUGGCACGGCUGGAGAAGCUACGGGACCCAUGGAGUAAUGUCACACAACCCCCUGCGCUCGAUCGCCGUAUCAAAGCUCUCCUGGAUGGGCUGCUUCGAUCGCACGAGGUCCGGCUUCCUAAGGCUCGGUCUGAGGCUGAGAAUGAGCAUCCUGGCCUGACGGAGGAGGAGGCUACUGUGACGCGCGGGUACUUCAUUGAAGCCUGCAAGCGGCUCCGAACCGCCAUCGAGGACGAAAAUUCCUCGGCCCUGUUCGCCUGCGGUGGGAGUAUCCCUGUCGUCGACCGUGGCCAGGCCAGCUCGGGAGACAAGGCGACGAUCACCACGACUAGCCCCGUGCAUGUGUACUGGUCGACCGCUCGCAGCGACUCCGCCGCCCGAAAGCUGGUGCUACCACUAGAUGAACUGGUCCCGCAGUCCCGCUCGGCCGCCUUGGAUGAUCUGGUGGCAGACUGCCAGCCCGCGAGUUUUGGCCGCAACGGGGAGGAGAUCCUGGAUCCCAGUUAUCGUUUGGCCGGGAAGAUCGAUCCGUCCCACUUUGCUUCCAGCUUCCAUCCAGCAGACUUUGGGAUCCUGCAGAUGGUCGAAAAUGUUCUGCUUCCUGGAAUCAGCGAGAAGGAUCUCGUUCGUGAGGAUGAUGGUUCCAAAAAGAGGAAGGACAGAGCUGCCCGGCAUUCCAGAAAGCUGCACGCUGAACUUUACAAGUUGAAUGUGUACUCCGGCCCAUCGGGCCACUUCGCCACACAUGUCGACACCCCCCGCUCCGAAAGUCAGAUCGGCUCCUUGGUGGUCUGCCUGCCCUCAGGAUUCUCCGGGGGCCGGCUCACGGUGCGGCACGGGGGCCAGCAGAGUGCCUUCGACUGGAGCGAGGCCAGCCAAUUCGCCAUCCAGUGGGCCGCGUUCUACAGCGACUGCGAGCACGAGAUCGAGACUAUUACCGAGGGUCAUCGAUUGACGCUGACCUACAAUCUGUACAUCACGCAGGCCCCCACGGCAAAGAUCGACGCAUCCAGCCUGGUCCUUCAGCCUCAAUCGUUCCCGUUGUAUAACGCAAUGCACGAGAUCUUCUCAAACCCUCGUUUCAUGGAGCAAGGCGGCGUCCUCGGGAUGUUCUGCUUCCACGCGUACGCGCACACCUCCAACGACGCACACGUGCGCCUGCCCCGGGCGCUCAAGGGCGCCGAUCUCGUGGUCUACUCGGUGCUGAAGAGCCUGGGGGCCGAGGUCAGCGUGCUGCCGGUGCUCGGCGAUGAUGACCGCGCAGUCUGGGAUGACUGGGAAGAAGCGUAUUACAACGCCAGAAUGUAUCAGGGCCUAGAGACGUACUUCAAAGAAGGCGGCGAGCUGCCUAAGAUCCAGACGAACGAGUUCCUGGGCGCCGAGUAUGGCCGAAAAUAUGAUCUGGACCGUCGCUGGAAGCUACUUCUUCUCAUCCGGCGGGUUUCGGCGGUGCGGAGCGGAGCUCAGAUCUUGCACUCUAUUGAUAGCGAGAGACGCAGAAAGGGCAAAGAUGAGGAAACCGCCGCAGAUCGAAUGGCCAAAGAUGAAGCAGAAGCGAAAGAAGCAGAAGGAGUGGUGGAUUGGUCCGACGGUCACUUCUACAGAAACCGCGGGACGCUUGUCGCGCCACGCCUGUGGCCGUACGGCACUACAGACUAUGGCGAGCAUUCGUCCAAGGAACAGACCACAAUGGCUGCGUGGCCUUUUCUCUACCUCCCAGGUAUCACCUGGCUGAAUCGACCCAAGCAUGCGGAGAUGGCGUUUAGUCAUAUCACGUAUGGUAAUGAGGCCGGAGUCGGGACCCAGUAUUCUUAUGCGGCCAUCUUUGCGGUCAUCCCACCGCUCGAAGAACGAAAGAAGCAUUUGGCUCAGUGAGGGGAGAAAGGCUGCUUGCCUCUCAGACUGUCUUCAAUCCCGCUGACAAGAUGCAGCUCGCAGGGUAAUGACUCAUCUCUUCUUCUGUAUUUUGAUUCUGUCGUGCGUUCUUACUGGAAGUCUCUUGCCUUUUACAAAUGCAACACAAUUUGGGACCCUUGUGAUGCUUUGUGUUUUUGCCUCAUGGAGCUCAAACAAACACGGACAACACGUUCCAGCGAAAGGUAAAUUGAACUCCACCAUUCAUCUUGAGCCUAGUCUCUCUUUCCGUGCCCAUAUCGCGAAAGGAUAGUUACUGGGAUAAAAUAAGCUACUGGGUUCGCUGGAGUUGUUUUAUCAGCACUCUGAGCAUAUUUUCCACCCCCGCCAGCUCCCGCUCGACUACGUAAC